UUGGUGGGUGGCAAAGAAGUGGUUUUUUUGGCCCUCUGAAUCAUCCCCGCCUAGUUUUUUCUUUCUUUGUUGUGUUUGCGAGCGAGGCCAUACGUUCUUUCUCGCGCAGUCACUCUCUCUCGUGUUCUUUUCUGUCUUCGUAUCAUCCUCCGUGUCUUUUUUUCUUUGACACCACAGUAUCUCUCAGCUUUCACCAAUGAUUCUCCAGCCUUUUCUUUCGCUAUUAGAUUUCUCAUCCGCGUAGCAGUCGGAAAAAAACCAUCUUGGUACCGUUUGGAAGAAACGAGAAAGAUCAGAUUUUUAUCGGUUUUCAGGCCUUCUCUUUUCCUGUUUGUGCGUUUGGGGAGUUUGGUAGCUUAUGGAGAUGGCAGAAGUCAAGCCGGAGGAGAUCACGCAUCCGCCCAUGGAUCAGCUCCAUGGUUUGGAGUACUGCAUCGAUUCCAAUCCAUCUUGGGGAGAGGCUAUUGCGUUGGGAUUUCAGCAUUACAUAUUGGCCUUGGGCACGGCGGUGAUGAUCCCGACCCUUCUGGUACACUUGAUGGGUGGAACUGAUGAUGAUAAGGUAAAGGUGGUCCAGACAUUGUUGUUUGUGUCUGGAAUAAAUACAUUGCUUCAAACCCUAUUCGGAACUCGACUUCCAAUUGUCAUCGGUGGUUCAUACGCAUUUGUGGUUCCAAUCAUAUCCAUAAUUCAUGACUCAUCGCUGGCGCAGAUAACUGACGACCAUGAAAGGUUCCUCCAAACCAUGAGAGCGAUACAAGGAGCUUUAAUUGUCUCUUCCAGCAUUCAGAUCAUUCUGGGCUACAGCCAGUUGUGGGGGAUCUGCUCCAGAUUUUUCAGCCCUCUUGGAAUGGUUCCAGUGGUUUCACUGGUAGGAUUUGGAUUAUUCGACAGAGGAUUCCCCGUGGUUGGAAGAUGUGUGGAGAUUGGCAUUCCAAUGCUUAUCCUAUUCAUUGCAUCCUCCCAGUAUCUAAAGCAUCUGCACAUUAGACGGUGGCCCAUAUUGGAGAGGUUCUCUCUUCUGAUAACCAUUGUCAUCAUAUGGAUUUAUGCCUACUUGCUUACGGUUGGUGGUGCAUACAAACACCGGCCAGAACGCACCCAGGUCAACUGUCGCACUGACCGAGCCAAUCUCAUCUCCUCUGCUCCCUGGAUAAAGAUUCCAUACCCAUUGCAAUGGGGUGCACCAACUUUCAAUGCUGGCCAUUCUUUUGGGAUGAUGGCUGCUGUCCUUGUAUCCUUGAUCGAGUCAACAGGCGCUUUCAAAGCUGCAGCCCGCCUAGCCAGUGCAACACCACCUCCAGCUCAUGUUCUGAGCCGAGGCAUUGGAUGGCAGGGAAUAGGAAUUCUACUUGAUGGGCUAUUUGGCACUGCAAGUGGUUCGACUGUCUCUGUGGAGAAUGUGGGGCUUCUCGGAUCAACGAGAGUUGGGAGUCGUAGGGUCACACAGAUCUCAGCUUGUUUCAUGAUAUUUUUUUCCAUCAUGGGGAAAUUUGGAGCUUUCUUUGCCUCCAUUCCAUUCACCAUCUUUGCUGCUGUUUACUGUGUUCUGUUCGGGCUUGUGGCUGCGGUGGGGCUGUCCUUGUUGCAGUUCACCAACAUGAACUCCAUGCGCAACCUCUUCAUCGUUGGCGUCUCCAUCUUCCUUGGCCUAUCCGUUCCUCAAUACUUCUUCCGCUACACUCUGAGUGCUCAGCAUGGUCCAGCCCACACCAACGCAGGAUGGUUCAAUGACUACAUAAACACAAUCUUCUCCUCCCCGCCAACCGUGGCAUUGAUAGUUGCAGUUUUCCUAGACAACACACUCGACUUCGAGGACGCUGCCGCAGACCGAGGCAUGCCAUGGUGGACGAGGUUCCGAACCUUCAAGGGAGACAGCAGGAACGAGGAGUUCUAUACUCUCCCAUUCAACCUGAACCGCUUCUUUGCUCCAUCAUGAGGUGGUAGACAUUGUUGAGUCGAUACAAAUGUAGAUUUUAAUCAAAUCUAGUACUCAUAUCAUGUAUAUUCUGAGUUUGAUGGGCAAUACAAUAGAUCAAUCUUCUCUUUA